GGCUAUGCAGAACUCAGAAGGCAUCAAAACGAUCCAACUCUCCGACAACAUGAAGACCAUCAUCUUUGCUGCUCUCUUCGCCCUCGCGGCCGCCCGCCCCGACUCCCGCUACGCCGCUCCCGCGGCUAGCAGGGAUGACUCCGAUGAGGUCGCCAUCCUCCGUGACGACCGCGUGUACCCCAGCGCCGCCGGCGAGUACAGCCUCGACUUCGAAACUGCUGAUGGCACCAAGAUCUCCGAGUCCGGCUACGGCUCAGGCCCCGAUGGCGCCGUCGAGACCCAGGGAACCGUGAGCUUCACCCACCCCGACGGUGAGGACUUCGAGCUGAAAUACGUUGCCAACGCCGAGGGAGGAUACCAGCCCGAAUCCGAUGCCCUGCCCGUGGCCCCUGAAUUCCCCCACGAGAUCCCCCAGUUCGUCCUCGACCAGAUCGCCAAGGCUGCCGAGGAAGACCGCAACCGCGACGACAGCGAUGAGCGCUCUUACCAAUAAAUAUUUCACGAAAGUCAACCAUGUACUCCAACUUUUCGAUGUUUCCCAUGUAAAAUUGUACAAAUGUAAUUUAUUGUAGGCUGUCCCUGUAUUUAUUAAA